AUGACAAUUGUGACUCAUUACGACGUCAAAUCCCAAACAAGUGUGGUUAUUCUUAAGCAUCGAUCGUUCAACGAUCUCCCCAAGCACCUAAAGACAGAGCUUAAGCAUAAAUUGCUGGAUUUCAUUGUUAAUCCAAGUACGGCGACCUUAGCUGCUAACCCAUUUUCACUUCACCUCCUACAUUUCAAUAGUACCAUCCAAUACUACCGACGAGCGGCUCGAGAUCCUCGUGAUUCAGUUAGGAAAGAGGAGAUCAAAGCACAUGGUGGAAAAGCUGGCGUGGGCGAAAUUGAUUUGAGACGACUACAUCUGACAUUGACCAGCCUUGAUCAAGAUAAAGUCCAGCUGAACUUCAUCCUCGGAGUUAUCUCUAGUUUGCGUGUGCAGCAUGAUCGAUUUUACAGACUCGUCAAAGGCAUAGUUGACCCGGACCAACGGGACUGGCUGUACCUUCGAGUGGAGGAGGAAUAUGCGCGCUUCGAAAACCAGAUCACUUAUUUUAAAACCUCGAUCGAAGAUGUAGCGACAAGGGCACAGCGACUGUAA